AUGAGCAAGCUGCCGUAUAUUAGUGGAGCAGCACAAGGCACACACCAGUAUCAGUAUAUCUUUCGACCCCUUAACGAACCCAGUUUUAAUGCUUGCGAGACGUUUGGAAAAUUCCACAAGGACACAGCUUACACUCAAAAGCCUCAACACGGCAGAACAAGGGACGCGCAACGAUCGACGUCGCCUAUAAUCUGGCUCUCGUUGCUACUGACACUGGGAACCGGGACAACGUCCGCCACGAACAUGACAAACGUGUCACCCCUAGCAUCGACGGCGAGGCCGUUCACGACCACGGAAGUCGUUUAUCAGCGAUUCGCGAUCGAGCCGAUGGAUCAGACCGCGGUGAUUGGCAGCCGAGUGACGCUUCCUUGCCGGGUCCUCGAUCAGAAAGGACCGAUUCAAUGGACAAAGGACGACUUCGGCCUGGGCGCGGUCAGGAAUCUGACCGGAUACGAGCGUUACGCCAUGAUCGGCAGCGACGAAGAAGGUGACUUCUCGUUGCACAUAUACCCGGUGGAGCUGGAAGACGACGGCACUUACCAAUGCCAGGCCUCGCCCACGAACGACGGGCAACCGGCUCUUCGCUCGAGAUUCGCGAAACUGAGCGUUCUGGUGCCGCCUCAGAAGCCGAAGAUCCUUCAGAGCGACUUCCUCACCACCACUGAGGAUCGAGAGCUGGUAAUCGAGUGCGUCAGCGUAGCCGGCAAGCCGCCAGCAGAGAUCACGUGGAUCGAUGGCCUGGGGAACGUACUGCACAGGGGAAUCAAGACGACGAAGGAGCUGUUCGACGACGGCCCCCUCUACACCGUGAAAUCCGUCCUGAGGGUGAUGCCGCGCAAGGAUCACGACAACACGACGUUCACGUGCCAAAGUCAGAACGCGGCCGACCGCACUCCGCAGAACGCGAAGCUGCGCGUCGAGGUUCGCUACGCGCCGAAAGUAUCACUGAGAAUUCGCUCGGGCCUGGGCAAGAAUGACCGCAUCAUCGAGGGAACCGAGCUUCGGUUCAAGUGUCGUGCCGAGGCCAAUCCGUCGGAUGUCGAGUACAGGUGGUUUAUCAACGAGAAGAAAGUCAUCGGGGACUACACCACCGAAAUGAUCAUCCACAACGCGACCCGCGAUCUUCACGAUGCGAUCGUAAAGUGCGAGGUCCACAACGACGUCGGCAAGAGCGAGGACACAGAGACCUUGGAUAUAACCUACGGGCCGCAGUUUCGACAUCCGCCUGUCUCCGUGGAGACGCAAUACGGAGCGACGGAGAUCUUGCAGUGCGACGUCGACGGGAACCCGACCCCGGAAAUACGUUGGUACCACGAUGAUUCGGAGCGACAGGUCGCCACUACCCCGAACAUAAGUGUUGUGGUGAAUCACGAGACGGCCGGACGGUACAUCUGUAAGGCUCGUGUGCCCGGGUUUCCAGAACUGACCGGAUACGCGAACAUCUACAUCCGGGCGCCACCUAGCAUCGUGUCGCAGAGGGUUCAGUAUGUGCCCGACGAGGGAGUCGUCAAGGUGAAGUGCACCGCGAUAUCUGUGCCAAAAGCGGACUCGGUGGUAUGGAGCUUCGCCGGCCGCGAGCUCAAUUUCUCGUCGAACAAUACGCCUUUCUACGUGCAGGAGGAAUACAUCGGCGAGAGGUUCGUCAGCACUGUCACGCUCCUCGAUCCCAUAUCCACGUACUUCGGGGAUUACAACUGCACGGUCACGAAUAGCUUCGGCACGGAUUCCGUCAUAAUCAAGCUGACGGCACACACGUUGAUUCCAGUCGAUUGGCAACUGAUCCUCAUCGUCGGCGGAUUGGUCAUCUGCGUGAUCCUGAUUGGCGUGAUCAUUAUACUCAUUCUGCAGUGCCGCGACCGCAUCAAACAACCCCGGCCCAGGACAGCCCAGACCCAGGAGACUGAUAUGCAAGAAACAGAUUCGAACGCGGAUCGAUAUCGGGAGAGUGACAGAAGCAGCAACCUCUCGGAUGUCAAAGCGGAUAUACGAGCGGGAUCGAGUGUCAGCAACGCGGAGAGCGUGACAGCACUUGACAGCGAGGGCGAAGGAAGCACGAGAGGAGUGAAUGCAUUGGCGCUGGCUGGGCCUGUACCGAAUCCUCUCGGUUAUCGUUACAGCGCCGAUUACACAGAACCAUCGUUCCCGCCGAAAAAUAACGACGGCAGUAACAAUAACGGUUACGUGCCGUACGUGGACUAUACCCGAGACUACAUGCCACCCACGACGCAGGGUGUGGGUGCGUCGCGGGAAUCCUUAAGCAGGAUACCAUCGGGCGGCAUACUCGCCUCGAAGAAGAUCGGUCUGAGUUCCGCGAAUUUGGGCACAUCCAGCCCGCAAACGACACCAGCGAUCGACCCCCGUUUCUCCGCGACGUACGGGAAUCCUUACCUCAGAAUGUCAGCGGCGGAGCAGAUCAGACACGCGCCGCACGCGGCUGUGCCAGGAGUAACGCCAGCACCACCGCCCUACACGCAAGCAAUGAGAAUGAAUAGCUUGAAUACCUUGAACGGCGCUGGACCGCAGGCACCACUGUCAGCGCACUACAUCACAGGCGGUCCGAACGGCGGCGUCGCGACGGUAAAACGCACCUCGGCGGUCGGGACGUUAGCGACGCAUGUAUGAGGCCAGGGGGUCUAUCCGAACUAGAACCGUCGACGUUCGGGCCUAAUUAGCACCGCCUUUGGACAUCGUCGAGCCCUCGAAGAUACACGGUACCCAUGCUCGAACACGUUCAAGCCACGGGACACGAUCACCGCGACUGUGAGCAGCAACCCUAACCGCCAGAACGUCCGACUGGAGAAUCAGGACGUCGAUCGACGAGCUUCCAUGAUCCUG